AUGGUCGUGGACGUGGACGUGGACGUGGACGUGGUCGUGGACGUGGACGUGGACGUGGUCGUGGACGUGGACGUGGACGUGGACGUGGACGUGGACGUGGACGUGGACUUGGACGUGGACGUGGACGUGGACGUGGUCGUGGACGUGGACGUGGACGUGGACGUGGACGUGAUCGUGGACGUGGACGUGGUCGUGGACGUGGACGUGGACGUGGUGGUGGACGUGGACGUGGACGUGGACGUGGACGUGGACGUGGUCGUGGACGUGGACGUGGACGUGGACGUGGACGUGGUCGUGGACGUGGACGUGGACGUGGACUUGGACGUGGACCUGGACGUGGACUGGACGUGGUCGUGGACGUGGACGUGGACUGGACGUGAUCACGUGGUCGUGGACGUGGACGUGGACGUGGAGGUGGACGUGGACGUGGACGUGGACGUGGACGUGAUCCUGGACGUGGUCGUGGACGUGGACGUGAACGUGGUCGUCCACGACGUGGACGUGGACGUGGCCCUGGACGUGGACGUGGACGUGGACGUGGACGUGGACGUGGAGGUGGACGUGGACGUGGACGAGGACGUGGACGGCGACGUGGUCCUGGACGUGGUCGUGGACGAGGACGUGGACGUGGACGUGGAGGACGUGGACGUGGACGUGGACGUGGAGGUAAAGGUGGACGUGGACGUGGUCGUGGACGUGGACGUGGUCGUGGACGUGGUCGUGGACGUGGACGUGGACGUGGACGUGGUCGUGGACGUGGUCGUCGACGUGGUCGUCCACGACGUGGACCUGGACGUGGUCGUGGACGUGGACGUGGACGUGGACCUGGACGUGGUCGUGGACGUGGUCGUCCACGACGUGGACGUGGACGUGGACGUGGAGGACUUGGACGUGGACGUGGACGUGGACGUGGACGUCGAGGUGGACGUGUACGUGGACGUGGACGUGGUUCUGGAUGUGGUCGUGGACGUGGACGUGGUCCUGGAUGUGGUCGUGGACGUGGACGUGGUCGUCCACGACGUGGACGUGGACGUGGACGUGGACGUGGACGUGGACCUGGACGUGGAAGUGGACGUGGUCGUGGACUUGGACGUGGACGUGGAUGUCGACGUGGACGUGGUCGUGGACGUGGACGUGGACGUGGACGUGUACGUGGACGUGGACGUGGUCGUGGACGUGGAUAUGGAUGUGGACGUGGAAGUGGACGUGGUCCUGGACGUGGACGUGGACGUGGACGUGGACGUGGUCGUGGACGUGGACGUGGACGUGGACGUGGACUUGGACGUGGACGUGGAGGACCUGGACGUGGACGUGGACGUGGAGGACGUGGACGUGGACGUGGUCGUGGACGUGGAGGUGGACGUGGACGUGGACGUGGACGUGGAGGUGGACGUGGACGUGGACGUGGUCGUGGACGUGGACGUGGACUUGGACGUGGGGGACGUGGACGUGGACGUGGAGGACGUGGACGUGGAGGUGGACGUGGUCGUGGACGUGGACGUGGAUGUGGACGUGGGGGACGUGGACGUGGACGUGGCGGACGUAGACGUGGAGGUGGACGUGGACGUGGACGUGGACGUGGAGGUGGACGUGGACGUGGACGUGAACGUGGACGUGGACGUGGUCGUGGACGUGGACGUGAACGUGGACGUCCACGACGUGGACGUGGACGUGGACGUGGCCCUCGACGUGGACGUGGACGUGGACGUGGACUUGGACGUGGACGUGGACGUGGACCUGGACGUGGAGGUGGACGUGGUCGUGGACGUGGACGUGGACGUGGACGUGGUCGUGGACGUGGACGUGGUCCUGGACGUGGACCUGGACGUGGUCGUGGACGUGGUUGUGGACGUGGACGUGGUUGUGGACGUGGACGUGGACGUGGACGUGGUGGUGGACGUGGACGUGGACGUGGACGUGGACGUGGUCGUGGACGUGGACGUGGACGUGGACGUGGUCGUGGACGUGGACGUGGACGUGGACUUGGACGUGGACCUGGACGUGGACUGGACGUGGUCGUGGACGUGGACGUGGACUGGACGUGACGUGGUCGUGGACCUGGACGUGGACGUGGACGUGGACGUGGACAUGGUCGUGGACGUUGACGUGGAGGACGUGGACGUUGACGUGGAGGACGUGGACGUGGACGUGGACGUGGACGUGGACCUGGACGUAGACGUGGACGUGGACGUGGACCUGGACGUGGUCGUGGACGUGGACGUGGACGUGGAGGUGGACGUGGACGUGGACGUGAACGUGGACGUGGACGUGAUCCUGGACGUGGUCGUGGACGUGGACGUGAACGUGGUCGUCCACGACGUGGACGUGGACGUGGACGUGGCCCUGGACGUGGACGUGGACGUGGACGUGGACGUGGAGGUGGACGUGGACGUGGACGAGGACGUGGACGGCGACGUGGUCCUGGACGUGGUCGUGGACGAGGACGUGGACGUGGACGUGGAGGACGUGGACGUGGACGUGGACGUGGAGGUAAAGGUGGACGUGGACGUGGUCGUGGACGUGGACGUGGUCGUGGACGUGGUCGUGGACGUGGACGUGGACGUGGACGUGGACGUGGUCGUGGACGUGGUCGUCGACGUGGUCGUCCACGACGUGGACCUGGACGUGGUCGUGGACGUGGACCAUGACGUGGACGUGGACGUGGACGUGGAGGACUUGGCCGUGGACGUGGACGUGGACGUCGAGGUGGACGUGUACGUGGACGUGGACGUGGUUCUGGAUGUGGUCGUGGACGUGGACGUGGUCCUGGAUGUGGUCGUGGACGUGGACGUGGUCGUCCACGACGUGGACGUGGACGUGGACGUGGACGUGGACCUGGACGUGGAAGUGGACGUGGUCGUGGACUUGGACGUGGACGUGGAUGUCGACGUGGACGUGGUCGUGGACGUGGACGUGGACGUGUACGUGGACGUGGACGUGGUCGUGGACGUGGAUAUGGAUGUGGACGUGGAAGUGGACGUGGUCCUGGACGUGGACGUGGACGUGGACGUGGUCGUGGACGUGGACGUGGACUUGGACGUGGACGUGGAGGACCUGGACGUGGACGUAGACGUGGAGUACGUGGACGUGGACGUGGUCGUGGACGUGGAGGUGGACGUGGACGUGGACGUGGACGUGGAGGUGGACGUGGACGUGGUCGUGGACGUGGACGUGGACUUGGACGUGGACGUGGACGUGGUCGUGGACGUGGACGUGGACGUGGACGUGGGGGACGUGGACGUGGACGUGGAGGACGUGGACGUGGAGGUGGACGUGGUCGUGGACGUGGACGUGGAUGUGGACGUGGGGGACGUGGACGUGGAGGUGGACGUGGACGUGGACGUGGACAUGGAGGUGGACGUGGACGUGGACGUGAACGUGGACGUGGACGUGGCGGACGUGGACGUGGAGGUGGACGUGGACGUGGACGUGGACGUGGAGGUGGACGUGGACGUGAACGUGGACGUGGACGUGGUCCUGGACGUGGUCGUGGACGUGGACGUGAACGUGGACGUCCACGACGUGGACGUGGACGUGGACGUGGCCCUCGACGUGGACGUGGACGUGGACUUGGACGUGGACGUGGACGUGGACCUGGACGUGGAGGUGGACGUGGUCGUGGACGUGGACGUGGACGUGGACGUGGUCGUGGACGUGGACGUGGUCCUGGACGUGGACCUGGACGUGGUCGUGGACGUGGUCGUCGACGUAGUCAUCCACGACAUGGACGUGGACGUGGACGUGGAGGACUUGGACGUGGACGUGGACGUGGACGUGGACGUCGAGGUGGACGUGUACAUGGACGUGGACGUGGUCCUGGACGUGGUCGUGGACGUGGACGUGGUCGUCCACGUCGUGGACGUGGACGUGGACGUGGUGAUGGACGUGGACGUGGACGUUGUCGUGGACGUGGACGUGGACGUGGACGUGGACGUGGACGUGGAGGACCUGGACGUGGACGUGGACGUGGAGGACGUGGACGUGGACGUGUACGUGGUCGUGGACGUGGACGUGGACGUGGAGGUGGACGUGGACGUGGACGUGGUCGUGGACGUGGACGUGGACGUGGACUUGGACGUGGACGUGGACGUCGACGUGUACGUGGUCGUGGACGUGGACGUGGAGGACGUGCACGUGGACGUGAUGGACGUGGAUGUGGACGUGGACGUGGACGUGGUCGUGGACAUGGACGUGGACGUGGACGUGGACGUGGACGUGGACGUGGUCGUGGACGUGGACGUGGACGUGGUCGUGGACGUGGACGUGGUCCUGGACGUGGACCUGGACAUGGUCGUCGACGUGGUCGUCGACGUAGUCAUCCACGACAUGGACGUAGACGUGGACGUGGACGUGGACGUGAACGUGGACGUGGUCGUGGUCGUGGACGUGGACGUGGUCGUGGACGUGGACGUGAACGUGGAGGACGUAGACGUGGACGUGGAGGACGUGGACGUGGACGUGGAUGUGGAGUUGGACGUGGACGUGGAGAACCUGGACGUGGACGUGGACGUGGACGUGGACGUGGACGUGGACGUCGAGGUGGACGUGUACGUGGACGUGGACGUGGUCUUGGACGUGGUCUUGGACGUGGACGUGGUCGUCCAUGUCGUGGACGUGGACGUGGACGUGGUCAUGGACGUGGACCUGGACGUGGUCGUGGACGUGGACGUGGACGUGGUCGUGGACGUGGACGUGGAGGACCUGGACGUGGACGUGGACGUGGAGGACGUGGACGUGGACGUGGAGGACCUGGACGUGGACGUGGACGUGGAUGUGGACGUGGACGUGGACAUGGUCGUGGACGUGGACGUGGACGUGGACGUGGACGUGGUCGUGGACGUGGACGUGGACGUGGAGGACGUGGACGUGGACGUGGAGGACGUGGACGUGGACGUGGAUGUGGACUUGGACGUGGACGUGGAGGACCUGGACGUGGACGUGGACGUGGACGUGGACGUGGACGUGGACGUGGACGUGGACAUGGUCGUGGACGUGGACGUGGACGUGGACGUGGUCGUGGACGUGGACGUGGACGUGGAGGACGUGGACGUGGACGUGGAGGACGUGGACGUGGACGUGGAUGUGGACUUGGACGUGGACGUGGAGAACCUGGACGUGGACGUGGACGUGGACGUGGAGGACGUGGAUGUGAACGUGGAGGACGUGGACGUGGACGUGGACGUGGUCGUGGACGUGGACGUGGACGUGGACGUGGACGUGGAGGACGAGGACGUGGACGUGGAGGACGUGGACGUCGAGGACGUAGACGUGGACGAGGACGUGGACGUGGACGUGGACGUGGACGUGGACGUGGUCGUGGACGUGGACGUGGACGUGGAGGACGUGGACGUGGACGUGGAGGACGUGGACGUGAACGUGUACGUGGUCGUGGACGUGGACGUGGACGUGGACGUGGACGUGGACGUGGACGUGAAGGACUUGGACGUGGACGUGGACGUGGUCCUGGACGUGGUCGUGGACGUGGACGUGGACGUGGUCGUCCACGACGUGGACGUGGACGUGGUCCCGGACGUGGUCGUGGACGUGGACGUGGACGUGGUCGUCCACGACGUGGACGUGGACGUGGACGUGGACGUGGUCGUGAACGUGGAGGACGUGGACGUGGACGUGGUCGUGGACGUGGAUGUGGACGUGAACGUGGACGUGGACGUAGAGGGCGUGGACGUGGACGUGGACGUGGAGGACGUGGACGUGGACGUGGACGUGGUCGUGGACGUGGAUGUGGAUGUGGACGUGGACGUGGACGUGGAGGACGACGUGGACGUUGACGUGGAGGACGUGGACCUGGACGUGGAUGUGGACGUGGACUUGGACGUGGACGUGGAGGACCUGGACGUGGACGUGGACGUGGACGUGGAGGACGUGGACGUGGACGUGAACGUGGUCGUGGACGUGGAUGUGGACGUGAACGUGGACGUGGACGUAGAGGACGUGGACGUGGACGUGGACGUGGAGGACGUGGACGUGGACGUGGACGUGGUCGACGUGGACGUGGACGUGGACGUGGACCUGGACGUGGACGUGGACUUGGACCUGGUCGUGAACGUGGACGUGGACGUGGACGUGGUCAUGGACGUGGACGUGGACGUGGUCGUGGACGUGGACGUGGACGUGGUCGUGGACGUGGACGUGGACGUGGACGUGGAGGACGUGGACGUGGACGUGGAGGACGUGGACGUGGACGUGCACGUGGACGUGGAGGACGUGGACGUGGACGUGCACGUGGACGUGGACGUGGACUUGGACGUGGACGUGGACGUGGACGUGGAGGACGUGGACGUGGACGUGGACGUGGACGUGGACGUGGACUUGGACGUGGACGUGGAGGACGACCUGGACGUGGACGUGGACGACCUGGACGUGGACGUGGACGUGGACGUGGAGGACGUGGACGUGGACGUGGAGGACGACGUAAAUGUGGACGUGGACGACCUGGACGUGGACGUGGACGUGGACGUGGAGGACGUGGACGUGGACGUGGAGGACGUGGACGUGGACGUGGAGGACGUGGACGUGGACAUGGAUGUGGACGUGGACGUGGACGUGGACGUGGAGGACGUGGACGUGGACGUGGAGGACGUGGACGUGGACGUGGAUGUGGUCGUGGACGUGGACGUGGACAUGGACGUGGACGUGAUCGUUGACGUGGACGUGGACGUGGACGUGGACGUGGACGUGGACGUGGAGGACGUGGACGUGGACGUGUACGUCGUCGUGGACGUGGACGUGGACGUGGACGUGGAGGACUUGGACGUGGACGUGGACGUGGUCCUGGACGUGGUCGUGGACGUGGACGUGGACGUGGUCGUCCACGACGUGGACGUGGACGUGGACAUGGACGUGGACGUGGACCUGGACGUAGACGUGGACGUGGACGUGGUCGUGAACGUGGACGUGGUGGUGAAUGUGGACGUGGACGUGGAUGUGGACGUGGACAUGGUCGUGGACGUGGACGUGGACGUUGAAGUGGACUUGGACGUCGAGGACGUGGACGUGGAGGACGUGGAGGACGUGGACGUGGACGUGGAUGUGGACGUGGACGUGGACUUGGACGUGGACGUGGAGGACCUGGACGUGGACGUGGACGUGGACGUGGACGAGGACGUGGACGUGAACGUGGACGUGGACGUAGAGGACGUGGACGUGGACGUGGAGGACGAGGAUGUUGACGUGGACGUGGACGUGGACAUGGUCGUGGAUGUGGAUGUGGACGUGGACGUGGACGUGUACGUGGUCGUGGACAAGGACGUGGACGUGGACCUGGACGUGGACGUGGACGUGGACGUGGUCGUGAACGUGGACGUAGACGUGGACAUGGACGUGGACGUGGACGUGGACGUGGACGUGGACGUGGAGGACGUGGAUGUGGACGUGGAGGACGUGGACGUGGACGUGCACGUGGACGUGCACGUGGACGUGGACGUGGACGUGGACGUGGAGGACGUGGAUGUGGACGUGGAGGACGUGGACGUGGACGUGCACGUGGACGUGCACGUGGACGUGGACGUGGACGUGGACGUGGACAUGGAGGUGGACGUGGAUGUGGACGUGGACGUGGACGUGGACGUGGAGGACCUGGACGUGGACAAGGUCGUGGACGUAAACGUGGACGUGGAGGACGUGGAUGUGAACGUGGAGGACGUGGACGUGGACGUGGACGUGGUCGUGGACGUGGACGUGGACAUGGACGUGGACGUGGUCGUGGACGUGGACGUGGACGUGCACGUGGACGUGGAGGACGUGGACGACGUGGACGUGGACGUGGACGUGGUCGUGGACGUGGUCGUGGACGUGGACGGGGACGUGGACGUGGAGGACGUGGACGUGGACGUGGAGGACGUGGACGUGUACGUGGUCGUGGACGUGGACGUGGACGUGGAGGACUUGGACGUGGAUGUGGACGUGGUCCUGGACGUGGUCGUGGACGUGGACGUGGACGUGGUCGUCCACGACGUGGACGUGGACAUGUACGUGGACGUGGACAUGGACGUGGACGUGGACAUGGACGUGGACGUGGACCUGGACGUGGACGUGGACGUGGACGUGGUCGUGAACGUGGACGUGGACAUGGAUAUGGACGUGGACAUGGUCGUGGACGUGGACGUGGAUGUGGAAGUGGACUUGGACGUGGAGGAUGUGGACGUGGACGUGGAGGACGUGGACGUGGACGUGGAUGUGGACGUGGACGUGGACUUGGACGUGGACGUGGAGGACCUGGACGUGGACGUGGACGUGGACGAGGACGUGGACGUGAACGUGGAUGUGGACGUAGAGGACGUGGAGGACGUGGACGUGGAGGAUGUGGACGUGGACGUGGACGUGGACGUGGUCGUGGACGUGGACGUGGACGUGGACGUGGUCGUGAACGUGGACGUGGACAUGGACCUGAAUGUGGACGUGGACGUGGACGUGGACGUGGACGUGGAGGACCUGGACGUGGACGUGGACGUGGACGUGGAGGACGUGGACGUGGACGUGGACGUGGACGUGGACGUGGACGUGGUCGUGGACGUGGACGUGGACGUGGUCCUGGACGUGGACGUGGACGUGGAUGUGGAGGACGUGGACGUGGACGACGUGGACGUGGACGUGGACGUGGUCGUGGACGUGGACGUGGACGUGGUCCUGGACGUGGUCGUGGACGUGGUCGUCCACGACGUGGACGUGGACAUGGACGUGGACCUGGACGUGGACGUGGACGUGGUCGUGGACGUCGACGUGGACGUGGAUGUGGACGUGGACGUGGUCGUAGACGUGGACGUGUACGUUGACGUGGACGUGGUCGUGGACGUGGACGUGGACGUGGACGUAAAGGACGUGGACGUGGACGUGGAGGACGUGGAUGUGGAGGUGGACGUGGAUGUGGAGGUGGACGUGGAGGUGGACGUGGUCGUGGUCGUGGACGUGGACGUGGUCGUGGACGUGGACUUGGACGUGGACGUGGAGGACGUGGACGUGGACGUGGACGUGGACGUGGACGUGGACGUGGACGUUCAGGACGUGGACGUGGACGUGGAGGAUGUGGACGUGGACGUGGACGUGGUCGUGGACGUGGACGUGGACGUGGACUUGGAGGUGGAUGUGGACGUGGACGUGGUCGUGGACGUGGACGUGGACGUGGAGGUGGACUUGGACGUGGACGUGGACGUGGUCGUGGACGUGGACGUGGAGGACGUGGACGUGGACCUGGAGGACGUGGACGUGGACGUGGACGUGGACAUGGACGUGGACGUGGAUGUGGUCGUGGACGUGGACGUGGACGUGGACGUGGACGUGGAGGACGACGUGGAGGUGGACGUGGACGUGGACGUGUACGUGGUCGUGGACGUGAACGUGGACUUGGACGUGGACGUGGAGGACUUGGACGUGGACGUGGACGUGGACGUGGACGUGGACGUGGAGGUGGACGUGGACGUGGACGUGGUCCUGGACGUGGUCGUGGACGUGGACGUGGACGUGGACGUGGUCGUCCACGACGUGGACGUGGACGUGGACGUGGACGUGGACUUGGACGUGGACGUGGAGGACCUGGACGUGGACGUGGACGCGGACAUGGACGUGGACGUGGAGGACGUGCACGUGGACGUGGUGGACGUGGAUGUGGACGUGGACGUGGACGUGGUCGUGGACAUGGACGUGGACGUGGACGUUGAGGUGGACGUGGACGUGGACGUGGACUUGGAGGACCACGUAAGGAUUACGAUAAACGCAAUCCUGACGUGA